AGACUUUGUGAAGAUCUUUUCACUCAAAUAGCACAAAUGGACAAGCAACAGGUUUUGUAUCAUCUUGAAAUGAGCUUUUUUGAAGUAUACAAUGAGAAAAUUCAUGAUUUGCUUGUCUUUAAAGCUGAAAGUGGACAGAAGAAAGAACCACUUCGUGUAAGAGAACAUCCCAUAUUAGGACCAUAUGUGGAAGGCCUGACAGUGAAUGUUGUCAGUUCUUACUCUGAUAUCCAGAGUUGGCUUGAACUAGGAAAUAAGCAGAGAGCAACAGCUGCUACAGCAAUGAAUGACAAGAGCUCUAGAUCUCAUUCUGUCUUCACCCUUGUCAUGACACAAACCAAGGUAGAAUUUGUGGAUGAAGAACAGUGUGAUCGUAGGCUUACCAGUCACAUAAAUCUAAUUGAUCUGGCUGGCAGUGAAUGCUGCUUAACAGCUCAGACCAGUGGAGAAAGGCUGAAGGAGGGUGUGAGUAUCAAUAAAUCGCUAUUAACCCUUGGAAAGGUUAUUUCUGCCCUCUCUAAACAAUCUCAAAAUGGAAAGAGAGCUUUCAUUCCUUACCGGGAAUCUGUCCUUACUUGGUUGUUAAAGGAAAGUCUUGGUGGAAAUUCACAAACCACUAUGAUUGCCACAGUAAGUCCAGCUGCUAGCAGUACAGAAGAAACCCUCAGCACUCUUCGCUAUGCAAAACAGGCUUGUUCAAUUAUCAACACUGCUAAAGUAAAUGAAGAUGUGAAUGCCAAGCUUAUCAGAGAAUUGAAAGCUGAAAUUGAAAAACUGAAGGCAGCUCAGAAGACUGCUCUGAAGACUGAUCCUGAAAAAUACAGACGUUAUUUGCAGGAAAUAACAUCUCUGAGGGUAAAAUUGCACCAGCAGGAGAAGGACAUGGCAGAAAUGCAGAGGGCCUGGAAAGAAAAAUUUGAACAAGCAGAAAAAAGGAAAUUGGAAGAUGCAAAAGAGUUGCAGAAGGCAGGAAUUGCAUUCAAAAUGGACAAUAAUUUACCAAACCUUGUCAAUCUCAGUGAAGAUCCUCAGCUUUCUGAGGUACUAUUGUACAUGAUCAAAGAAGGAGAAACUACAGUUGGAAGGCAUACACCAAAUUCAAAACAUGAUAUCCAGCUUUCUGGAGUGCUUAUUGCUGAUGACCAUUGUGUUAUAAAAAAUACUACUGGCAAAGUGAGCAUUAUUCCACUGGGAGAAGCAAAGACAUACGUAAAUGGAAAAUGCAUUUUAAACCCAACAGUUCUGCAUCAUGGUGAUAGAGUGAUCCUUGGGGGAGACCAUUAUUUCAGGUUUAAUCAUCCAGUAGAAGUUCAGAAAGGUAAAAUAUCAUCCUGUGGGACAACAUUUUUACAUGAUGGUCCAAAAGAUUUUGAAUUUGCAAAGAAUGAACUGCUUAUUGCACAGAGAGCGCAGCUUGAAUCAGAAAUUGAAGAGGCACGCCUCAAAGCCAAGGAAGAAAUGAUGCAAAGUGUCCAGAUUGCGAAAGAGAUGGUUCAAAAAGAACUGACCUCACAAAAAGAAGCUUAUGAAAGCAAAAUAAAAUCACUGGAGGCAGAGGUGAGAGAAGAAUCUCUUAAGAAGCAAAUCCAAGAACAGAAUAACCAAAAAGCUGAGACUAAAAUACAGGAGUUAGAGAAGGCAAAGCAGAAUCUCGAGCUGGAACUACGCUUCAAUAAGAAGCGUUUAGAAAUGGAGGCAUUAGCUACCAAGCAGGCUCUGGAAGAUCAUACUAUUCAUCAUGCAAAGAUACUUGAAGCCUUGGAAGCUGAGAAGCAGAAGAUCGCUGAAGAAAUACAGAGUCUUCAGGAGAAUCGUGGAAGUGGGUAUAAAGCUAAGACUGUUCCACUUAACUGGAAUUCUCUGAAGCUGUCUGUGAUGAUCAAAGAGGCCAACACCAUUAGUAAUCAAUUAGGGAAAAACACUGUUUUCUAUAGGCAUGACAAAAUUGAUGAUAAAACAGGAGCAGUGUCUUCUGUUCAGGUGCAGGUUCGUAACAUCAAACUGGGAAUAGCAACUUUCUGGAGCCUAGAGAAGUUUGAAUACAAACUAGCAGCAAUGAAGGAACUAUAUGAGAGUAAUGAUAGGAGUAAAGCUGCUGAUGUAUUUUAUGACCCUGCUGAUGAGUGGGAACCUGACCUUUCAGAUGCCUCUGUUUCCUCUCUUUCCAGAAGAAGAAGUAGAAGUUUCAUGAAGAACAGGAGAAUUUCUGGAUGUUUGUCUGAGAUAAAAUUAAAACCAAUUCAGAAUAUGCAGACUUCCUAUAUAUCAGGUACUUGUUCACAUAAGAAGUCCAGCAUGUGCCCAAGCUUUUGUGAAUCUUUUCUUCCUGGAAUCUGCAAGGAAUUUAUAAAUUCAGCUUUAGAUUUACUGGAACAGAAUCACGAAGGAGGAAGGAGCAUAGUAGAUAAUGUCCUUACUAAUUUGUUUGUCAUUUUCUCUGGAGUGUCUGCCAUUUCAAAAGCCUAUGAACAGCAAGAUGAAGAAUGUCAAGAAAACUUUUUCUCUCUUGAUCAUGCUGCUCAGUCCUAUAGCAUCAGAAUUAUCUCUGCUUUUGACCAGCUUGUGAUUCUUACCAAACUUUGGCUUAACAAUAUCCAAAAGUGCCCUGGACCGACAAAAGUUGAUGAAGAAAUAAAACAGGAAGUAAAGAACUUGGGAGGUUAUUUACAGCUACUGUUGCAGGGAUGUUCUUCAGAUAUAUCCUCCAUGGUAACAGAAGCACUGAGCAAAGUAAACCAAACAGUAAAACAAACAAUGAAAUAUAUAGGAUACUUGGCAGUAGUCACGAGAGCUGAUAUUUCAUUUUCUGAAGAGAACAACAUUGCUGCAACCAGUCUACAGGACUUCAUACUUGCCGUUUAUGAUGGCGUAUGCUCAGGGCUGGAGUUUCUCAUUGAUACUGUACAGGAAAAAGCAAGAAUGGUGCAGAAAGAACUUGUGAAACAACAUCCACAGAAUGAGAUUCAAAAUCAAAUAAAGGAUAAUGUUGUGGCAAUAGCCAGAUUCCUUGAAAAUAACCUCUCUUAUUGUGGAAAGAAAGAAAGAGACUUUCAAUUACCAGAAGAAUCUCUAUAUCGGGAAAUAAAGAAAAGCACUAACAUUGCUGCAAAAUAUUUGGAAUUGGAGCAGUGCCUAGCUGAAGUCUGCCAAAUUGUUUCUUCUAUCUUACAAGGGUCGUACAGAAACACAAGCCCUCUUAGGAGCUUUGCAGAAAAUAUUUGUGUCAUAGCUGGGUAUUUUAACAACUAUUUCCGUUUAUUUGCCUUGUCAUCUUCUUCUGCAAACAAUCCCAUCCAGGAAAAAAAUGUGCCUUUUAUGAACUUGGAUGAAUUGGACUUUCUAGUUGAUUCCCUUAUUAUAAAUUUUGAACUUGAACAAGGACAGUUAUUACUGAAAUCUCAAACUCUUAGUAAUGAAACUACUGAGACUCAAGGAAUACGGGUUGUAACAGAUGAAGUUGAAUUUGCUGGGAAACAGAAGGUGACUCCAAAACACACAGAGAAGCUUCAGUCUUCAUAUCCCUUUCCUGCAGAGCUUUCACCUGGUAGGAUACAGUGGGUAUAAAAUGCUAUUAUCAAGAAAUUCAGGGAACCUCUUAACUUUUAUUUGAAGGGAAAGCAGUAUAUCACAAAACCCUGAAAUUUAUUGCUAAUAUUAUUAAAUGGUAUGAAAGCAAAUGACAUGAUUGUACGAGGAUAAGUACCCUCAAUUUUACAAGAAAAAAUGCAAUUCCUUAAGGGGCUGUUAAACUUCAGUGCCUUUUGUUUUUAAUGAAAGUCUGUUAUUACCUAAGCCUAUAAGAUAUAAUUUAAUGCAGUAAGUAAAAAAACCUAUUGGAAGUAAUGUGAGUAGGAAAAAUAAAAACUAUUGAGGAAUAAUGAGGACACACAGCAAACAUGUGGUAGGACAUUCACAUCUCAUCUUAAACUUUUGACUUAGGGAUUUUGCCUAACAGUGGAAGAAGAUUCCUUUGAAGGGCAUUUGUAAGGAGCACUUAUGAUGCACGCAUCCAGAUGAGAUUGCCUUCCUAUCUCAGAUACUUGAAAGGUAGAUGAUGUGGGUCCUGAUGUUUAGGGUUUUUUUUCUUGUUAAAAUUGUUGUUUUAUCUUUGCUGCAUUGUGACGUAGGAGUGCUACUGCAACAUUAAAGUGGGUUUUAUACCUUUUAUAACAGAGCAAAGCCUGUUUCUGUAGGAUAAAAUUGCUUUACAGCCUUAUUAGAUGAAUGCUUUAAGUGGUUUUGUAGUCCAUUGAAGAACCUCAGCUUCAAGUUAGCAGUGAUGACAUGCUUCAGCUUGAUCCAGAAUAGAUUAUAUGCAUGUUGUUGCUAUCCCUUGAUUGCUCAAAUUACUUUCUGUGCUAUUUAUAGUGAAUUAGAAACAUAGUUUCUCCUAAAUAAUAUCUCAGUUAUCCCAUGAGGUUGUAGAUAACUUUUCCAGUCAAUUACUUCCUUGUACUUUUUACUGUAGUAAUCAUUUGACCUCUGACCAUUAGCAUGCUGGAUGAAGCCAGUGAAAAUUAACAGUAAGGAUAAAAUUGAAUACGAAUUUUUAUUCUUUAAUAAUGGAUUCUAGGAGGCCUGGACCUACCACAUUCUACUCACAACAGAGAUGAUAAAUUUGUAAGAUAAAUCUUAUAUUUAUAAGAUAAAGCUUCCAAGUUAAAUAUUCAUAGCUAUCAUCUUUCCUUCUGAGGGAAGAUGCUCAACAUCUUGAGAAUUCCAGUCUUCCAGAACUCAUCAGGCUUUUGAAACUGUUUCCAAUGAAAAGACUACAGUAAAGAGUCAGUCAUUCUUUUCCUUUGAAAAAUUUCACACUAUAGUUAUGUUGGUACUGAGAGAUUUUGUGCUUUUCUGUUUUGGAGGAAAUAGGAAAAGGUAAUUCUGCUGAACCAGUAACUCGCUUAUGUUUUCAUUAAGACUAGUAUUCCUUAUACUUUGUCAAAAAAAUGUCUUCCAGUUUAGUCCUGUCAUCAAAACUAUUCAAUUUUUAUUGUGGCUAAUAAGUUACUUAUCACAUCAAGUGUGAUGUUUCUGAGAAUUGCUUUCCUAUUGUAAAGGCCUUCACAAGUCUGCAUAAGUGUUAAAAAAGUAUAUUCCGUUUUUUUUGUGCUUUAAAAGUUGAAACCUGUUAUAUUUCUACUUCUAUGGAUGUAUUAUUUUGUAUUUGGCUCUAAGUUUUUAAAACAUAACUGGUGCUUCUGAAUCAUAUGACUAAGAAAAGCACUGUAAAGAGUAAAACUACAUCAUGUAACUGAUUUUAACAACUUUAAGUGUAAAUUCCUUAACAGCUACCUUCUGUGUAGAGUUGGUUUUGAGACUUUCCUUUGUCACCGAGCAUACAGCUUUUUGCUCAAAGUAUUGUAGUGUAAGAAUCUAAAGUACUAGUAAGAGGUGUUUUCUGUAGCUCACAAGCAAAACAACAAAAAACCUGAACCAAAAUACACUUCUUACUUACAUUUCGUUCUUUUAUUAAGACACCUACCAGCACACAUUUAGAGGCUGAAUAAUUGUGACCUAAUCUCAUGUUUGGUUUUGUUCUUGUAUUUAAUGAGAAGCAUUGCUCAGAAAACAUCGUUGGUUUUGUAGUUCUGUGUGUUCUUAUGAGAGAUUUUUUGUCUUUCUUUUCUUUCUGAAUCUGAAAGACAAGUCCUUCAUACACUCUGACUUUCAUAAGCUCUGACUUUUGUUUUUUAGUGUUUCUGAAACUCAGGAACAUACCAAGCAAACAAAUGGGUUUCAGAAAGAUUUUUACCUGAGGACAACCUUAAUCAUAUAAAAUCUAGCUUUUGCAGGAUGAGUGAAAAUGUUGCCAAUAUAUUCUUGCUGCUCAGUUGUUUGUUUUUUCCCUUCCAUGCUAGCCAGCCAUGUCUAAUCAUUCUUACCCAUGUUAAUACUGUAUUCACAUUUUAGAGUUAUAUGCUAACAAAGCCUACUUCUGCUAGUGUUUUCUUCAGCUUGGUGCCCUUGUUACAGUUAUACAUCAUUGAAGUACUUCAUUCUAAUGAUAUAUACAGUGACCAUACAUCAUCAGAGUGAGCUAGUGCUCUCAUAACAUACUGCAUUAAUACAUCAACAAGCCUAGCUGAGGCUCCAAUAAUCUAUUGGUGUAAUAUACCAUAAGGUAAGGUAUAUUUAUAACUAUAGGCUAGUCUGUCCAUAAAUUGUGAAUGUCAAGGAACUGGGAUCACAGCAGGCAGAUUUUGGGAUGGAUUGACUUGAAUGGUAUGUUAUUUUACUGGUAAGGAGUUGGAGGUAGUUGUGGAUUAGGCCCAGGUCAGCAGAGGACUUGGCUGAAUGCAGUUCCCUGCAUCACCUGCUAGGAAUACUGGUGCAAUGAAAUAGAUCCCAAUAUUGCCUAGAUAAAGAAUUCUGCAGUUCAGUCUAUAUAUUUUCACCAUCUUGUUUUUGUAAAUUUAUCUGUAAAGUCAGAGUCUGGAUAACUUCUGGCAGAUAGUAGGUAGCACACAGAAAAUCUUGUGAUCGUAUCUAUGGAAUUUCUUUUAAACCAUAAACUAAAGAAGACACCAAAACAGUGCAAUUUAUUUAAAUUUUAGAUUAUUAUUUUAUGAAGUUAAUCUUGCAGGAAUGUAUAUUGAUGUUGUAAAUUUCUUUGGGGAAACUGAGAUGGGAGUGGGAUCACAACUAGUAUUUAUUAAAGCACGUUAUUAACUUAUUAAUGUAAUUAAAAUGUUUACUUCCAGCAGAUAACUGUUCAGACAGUACAUUCACUUAUCCCUUUACACUUCACUUGCAUCCACACAUAAAAAUCUCUUACAGCUACAAGGUUGGACUGUGAGCCUUCUGACUCAGAAGUAGAGGCUCAUGUUGACUUACCAAUGAGACUUUGAUGUGCUAUAACUCUCAGCAUGUAUGCUUCCUCUCUGCUAAAAGCACUAAAUUUGGUCUUGAAAGGUUUCAAACCUAUGGUCUUCAGCUCUGUGUUGCUGAAACACUGAGUGAACAGUCAGAAAUGUGCAUGGUGGGGGAGCAUUAUGAAGGAAUGUUUAUAGAGACCUGAAUGGGAUGUACUGUUUACUGAAGUUAUGAUGAGUUCAUUUUGUUAUAUGCAUUAAUGUAAUCUGUAAAUUGUGCAUUGUUUGUUGUGGUGUUUUUUAUGUUUUGGAGUUGUGUAUUCUUUUUUUGCUUUAAUGUCCUUCCUUACUCCCUCAGGAAAAUAGUCUUUGGUCAGAUUUCAGGUAAAAAGCAAUUAGAACUUUAUGAACUUGACCCAUGGUUUUUAUUGACUAAUGGAAAAGAAAGAGGGUGGGCUUGGUUCUAAUUUUAAAUAGAAAGUGGGGAGGUGGGGUAUUCAGACUUCUGCUCCGUCAUUACCUUUGAGAAGCUAAAACUAAGACAAACCAAAUGAAACUUUCUUCAUAACAGAAGUGCCUUGAAGUUAAUAAGAAUUAGUUAUUUUUUCAGUUCAGUACUUUAUUUUGAAAAUAGUACUACAGGAAUAAAAAUACAUAAUUAUUCUUAAGAGUAUUGACCUCUUACUACUUUUCACAAUUUCAAUUCUACUUUUAUUUAAUAGUACUAAAAUAAAUUCCAAAUUACACAUUUGAACAUCAUCCAGCAUCAGUAUAUGAGGUAAACUACCAAACAAAAGUAUCACAUAAAUUGACUUCUGUUUUGGAACUUGGUAAAGCCAUGGGAGACAAACUAACUGUCAUGCACUAAACCAUUAAUUUUCAUCCCUACUUGGGAAUAAGAGACAACUUUAUUUCAGUUAAAGGGAAGAGUCCUGUGAGGAACUAUAUCUUCAGAAUAUAAAUGCUGGAUUACUUGAGUAUCUUUCAAACAACAUCAGUCCAUCUGUAUUGAGACAUUUUGUAUGUACACACACUAGAAAAAAAGCAGUCUGGCUGUGCUUCUUAAAGAACGUUUACCAGUGUUAGAGAUUUGGGAUACAUAAACUUUUCUAGCACUCACUGACUCAUGCGAAUACUCUAUAUGAAGAAAAACAUGCUGCAGUUUAGAUUUAAUUUGAUCCAGUAAUGGCAUCUGCAAGCAGAA